GAGAAUAUUUCGUUACAAAUGUAAGAAAAUAUAUCAACAAAGUUCAAGCCAACUUUAAAUUGUCACAUGAGCUAAAAAAACCAAAACAAAAUCCAAUUCUGAUCAAUUGAAUUUUAAUUUAACAGCUUUAGUUUCAUUUUAUUAUUUAUUUAAGAAUAGUUAUAAAAUUUGUCAUGACACCUUUCAAAAAAGAAUCUGAUGAACCUCCUGAAGAAAACAUCAUUGAUAACGUUCCGAUUGAAGAACUAAGUUUACAAGACGUCGACCUUGAAGCCUACCAGCAAUUAAGCAAUGAGUUGGAUGAAAUCAACAACUGUCUUGAUGCACUGGAGAGAAAAAACGACAGUCUCAAUGAAGAGCUGUUUAAAUUGCUGGAAGAGAGCAAACAGAUCAGAUCUGAGUUACAGGAAGCAGCAUCUAAUAUGAGUAAUGAUAAAUGAGAAGCAAAUUUGUUCAUGUAUAAAAGUAUUAUCUUGUUAAUUAAUGAAAAAGUGAUGUAAUUUGAAUGGAUUAUUUAUUUGGUGUUUUAUGAAUCAAGAUGUAGAUAUUAGCUUUAUUAUUACUUUUGUGUGCAUGGGAAUGUGUAUCCAGAAAUAUAUGUGUAUAUAUUUUUAAAUGACUUAAAAUUUUUAUGUUGUUUUGACUUAAAAUACACUUUUGAAUUCAAUUGGUUUGUGAAUUAAAACUUCUAAGCAUUAAAAAAUACACCUAAAGACAAUUUUCUGUGGGCAGUUCCACCAUUUGCUUAUUUUAAAUGCAUAUAACUCAAUUAAAAAAAAUUGUGCAGUUCUGAAAUAGAGUCUUGGGGAAAUUUACACUUACUCCAAUGUUUAAAAAUUUUUAGAAACUAAAAAAGUUUUUAAAAAUUUAAAAUUUUUACAGUUUGUACUAUGGACAAGUUGUACAGAUGUAGCUUGUUGCAGUGUUACGACUGUAGCACCUAGUUUUUAAUUUUUUUAAAGUUAAUGUAGCUAUUAUUAAAUUAAUAUAGCUACUAUUAAACUAAUUAAGUUAAUACAGUUAGAAAGUUACUUAAAAUUAGAGAAAUUGUUAAUAAAACCUAGACUUAUUUUUCCAUAAAUUAUAAGUAUUGCUUGAAUUUUUUAUGAGUUUGAUGCUAUUAAAGUCUAACAAUGCAACAUUUGUAAAGGGUGGAGUUCCUCAAUUGUAUUUUACUAUUUGGUGCAGUUAUCACCCCAUAAAAAUUUUUAAAUACAUCUUAAUAUUUUCAUUGGUAUGUUACAUUAAGAUUAAAUUUUUGAAAACUAUUAUAUGAAUAAAUAAUGUAAUUUAAGAAAUGCUGGAAUUUCAAUAAAGUUCAGUGUAUGUAAUUUUUUAUUUGUAAAGAAUUUUUCUUGGCUUUCAAAAUUCAUGAUGUAUACUGAAUUCACUGUCUGUCAUAUCAUGUACUAUUACUAAAUGCUUUUCUUUUACUUUGAAUUUAUUUAAUUUAGAAAUAACUAGUUAUUCUAAAUCCAAUAACUAGUAGCUUUUCAGUGUCUGUUACAUUGCUUCCAAUCAUAACAGUUAUUCUUUUCUAACUCCCUUUUUCCCUGUAACAGUUUUCCUUUUUAAAACUAAGUCCUUUCGUGUAAUCAUUUGAAAAUACUUGUUUCUUCUGUUUUAAAGACAUCAGGAUUGUAGUCCACUAGCAAAGAAGGAAACACAUUACAACUGCAUUGCAUUGUUGAUAGUGAUCUUCACUAUCAACCUAGGCGUUUGUUUAGUACAUAAUGCAAAAUUUUCUUUCCUCUGAAAUGCUUAACCUAGCAGUUCCCAAACGUUGUUCCUUAGAGCCCUGUGUAUUCUGUGAAAGAGUUAAAAGGACUCUGUGAAUUAAAUACUUUUUAUUACCUAUGAUGAGUUUUGAAACUUCUAAUUAUAUUUCAAUCGAACUCAUAAUUCAUAAUUUAUUUAAUCUUUUGGUUGCCUCUAUGAAAUUACUUCAAUUAAAAUACCAAUGUAAUAAAAAUGGCAUUUUUGAAAAUAAAAUAUGAUAUUUCUAAUAACAAUAUAUUGAACAAAUUAUGAUAAAAAAAGGCAUUUGUAAAACAUUUCAUUAAUAUUUUCUAUCACGCUUUUUGAAUCAAAAUCAAAUAGCUAAAUUCUUUAAUAAAGAAAGAUGUUUCCCUAAUUACCAUUUAUAGCAAUUCUUUAAAGUUUUCUUUUCGAAGUAAACCAUUAUUCGGCUUAUUUUAUUCAUUUCCAGCUUAUAUACACCAAAAACAAAUUCAUAAUAAUAAUAUUAAGCUAUUGAAGAAUAUCAUAUAUAAUUUUUGUAAAAAGAAAAAAGUUAUGAAGUAUUUAUCAGUGAAAAAAGAUUUAAGCAUUAGAAAACUUAUAAAAAUGUAACAUCUGCCACCAUGGAAUUGUCCAUUAAACUUAUAUUCAGUAUUUUCUUGUUACUGUUGUUGAUAUCAAAAUUGUUUUGUACAACAGUCAAGCAUGUUAUAUUAAUUUGAAUUUAUAUUUUGUUUUAAAUAUAAAUUUCCGUAUUCUACGCAUGCAUUUAAUAAAUUUAGUUAUAAUAGUAUUUCUGUUAUUGUUAAUAUUGAAGUUCUUUAAAAAAAACUGUAAUUUAAUAAGACUUAGUUUCACUCAAAAUAUUCAAUUCUCAGAAUUUAAUUCAUCAGGUUAAAACUAUCAUUUGCACAUUUAUUGAUACCUUAUCAUACCUGAGCCAAAAAUUUAAAUCAAUUUAUAAUUUUCCAUAUUUAGAUUCUUUUUGUACAUAUAUUAUAAAUCUAUUUUCAGAAAUCGAACAGGUUUUGAAUUUUUUUUAAAGAUUUUUCUUUUUUUGAAAAUUGCAUUUUAAAAAUAUAGUUAUUCAUACAGUUUAGGUUUUCAAGGGAAAAAAAGACAAGCAAAAACUACAGUAAAUGUUAAGUUGUGUGAUUCCUUUAUAUCCUGA